AUGAUAGCUCAGCUUCCUCCCGCCAAAAUGCAUAUUCCGGCGCCUAUUAGGGCCCCGACGUUUCUAUCCCGCCGGCGUCUCUUCGAGCAGAAGCUCGCUGACCUCAGCAAUUGCACGGACCUGAAGCAGCUGAAGCAGAUGCACGCACUCAUAUACAAACACAGCCUCCACGACAACCUAUUGGUGGCCCCGAAGCUCAUCUCCGCCCUGUCCCUCUGCCGCCGUAUGGCCCUCGCCGUCAAGGUGUUCGACCAAAUUCCCAACCCGAGCUCCUUCCAAUUCAACGUCCUGAUCAAGGCCUACAUAAAAAACUCCGAGCCCGACCGGGCCCUCGAGGUCUUCUGCCGGAUGCAGCUGUCGGGGGUCCCGCCGGACAACCACACGUACCAGUUUCUUCUGAAGGCUUGCUCUGAUCUGAAAUCGGUGGGGAUGAUUCACGCGCUGGUGGAGAAAUGCGGUUUUUACAUGGACCCCUUCUUGCCGAAUUCGAUGAUCGAUGCUUACUCCAAGUGCGGGCCGGAGGGCAUUCGGGCCGCCAAGAAAGUCUUUGAUGUGAUGGGAGAGAGGGAUGUAGUCUCCUACAACUCGAUUAUCACUGGGCUGGUGAGGGGUGGACAGUUAGUUGAUGCCCGGAAAGUGUUUGAUGAAAUGCCCCAAAGAGAUGCCGUGAGCUGGAAUGCGAUUCUGGACGGGUACGUGAAGGAUGGGGACAUGGCCCAAGCAUUCGAGCUCUUUCAGAAAAUACCGUCGAGGAACGUUGUCUCUUGGUCGACCGUCAUUUUCGGUUUUGUGAAAACAGGCGAUCUCGAGAUGGCUAAGGCGCUGUUCGACCGAAUGCCCGUCAAGAAUUUGGUGACAUGGACGAUUAUGAUAUCCGGGUAUGCCGAGAAGGGCCUAGGAAAGGAGGCGAUUAGGCUUUAUCGCCAAAUGGAGAGGGAAAAUUUCCGGCCCGAUGAUGGGGCUUGCAUUAGUAUUUUGUCCGCUAGUGCAGAAUCCGGUUUGCUGGGCCUGGGGAAGAAAGUCUACCGCUCGAUAAUGAAGAAUCGGCCCAAAUGUGGUACCGUGGUGAGUAAUGCCUUGGUCGACAUGUAUUGUAAAUGUGGGAGCUUGGACCAAGCAUGGAGGAUUUUCAAUCAAAUCGAGAAAAAAGAUUUGAUUUCUUGGAAUGCCAUGAUACACGGGCUAGCCAUUCACGGUCAUGGGCCUAAAGCCCUUCAGCUUUUCAACGAAAUGAGAAUCCAAGGGUUCGAGCCCGACAACGUGACUUUCGUGGCUGUCCUGUCAGCCUGUAGCCGCUCGGGCUUAAUCGAGACUGGAAUCAGAUAUUUCUAUAGAAUGGAGAGUGAAUAUAGAAUUUCUCCCAGAAUCGAACAUUACGGUUGCUUGAUUGACCUAUUGGGCCGUGGGGGCCGCUUAGAUGAAGCUUUUAGGGUAUUACACGAGAUGCCAUUCGAGCCGAAUGUUGUUAUAUGGAGUUCGAUUUUGGCGGCUUGCCGGAUGCAUAAUGCAGCCAGGCUGGCCGAGGAGGUGCUCGGCCGGAUUGUGAAAUUCGAGCCGUUAAUAAAUAAUGACAACUAUAAUCUUUUGAUGUCGAGCUUGUAUGCUUCUGUGGGUGAUUGGUCGAGUGUUGCUAAUGUGAGAGUGACGAUGAGGGAAAGGGUCUCUGGGGUUAGCUUGAUAGAGUUGGAUGAUAGAUUUCACAAGUUUAAGGCUAUGGAUAGAAGUCACUGGAUAUCGGAGAGGAUAUACGAGACGGUCGAUGGGCUUAAUGAGCAUGUUAGGAAGAUUGGCUCUGUCUCGGCUCGUGGUGUAGAUGAUAUUUUGUGGGGAAUGCCAGCUGAUCAUGAUGUGCACGAAAUGAAGUUUUUGGGAGGUCUCGGCUCUACCGGGCUCCCAAUAGGCAUUGAGAGUGGGAAAAAAGAGCAAGUCUUGAACUGGCUCAAAGUUUGCCACGUAAUCUAUAAAAGAGCUGAGCUUCUAAAGAAACAACUCGUGGAUUAAAUUCAUCCUCGGCCCACAACUUGCCUUUUCUCCACGACCUCUUCCUUCUCAAAAGCCAUUGAAGUUCUUCCCAAAGUUAGAGGAAAAAUCUCAAGGAAAUUCGGGUCUUCGAUUUCUAUUUCAUGUUGCCUAUCAAACUCAUCACCUCAAGACGAGUCGGGCCCGUUUAUCACCUCCGACUGGCGCACAUUCCGCGCGAAGCUAGUUGCAGGGGAACGGGCCCUCGAGCCCGAGGCCCAUCCCCACGGCCCAAUAACCGACAGGUGGGCCCACGCCAUCCACGAGCCCGAGAAGGGGUGCCUCUUGAUCGCGACCGAGAAGCUCGACGGUGUCCACAUAUUCGAGCGGACCGUCGUUCUCCUCCUCUCGACUGGGCCCGUGGGCCCAAAGGGCCUCAUACUCAACCGGCCCUCCCUCAUGUCCAUCAAGGAGAUGCGGUCGGCCGAGGUGGGCUUAUCGGGCCCUUUUUUGGGCCGGCCGCUGUUCUUCGGAGGCCCGCUUGAGGACGGGCUUUUCUUGGUGGGCCCGGGAGGCCCGUUGGCGGGGGUUUUUGACGAGGUGAUGGAGGGAUUGUACUACGGGACGAAGGAGAGCGUGGGCUGUGCGGCGGAGAUGGUGAAGAGGGGGGUGGUGGGGCCCGGCGAGUUUAGAUUUUACGACGGCUAUUGUGCGUGGGAUAUGGGCCAGCUGAUGGAUGAGAUACGGGCUGGGUAUUGGACCGUGGCGGCCUGUAGCCCGAGCGUGAUUGGGCUGACUGGGGAGGAGAGUGUUGGGCAUUGGGAGGAGAUUAUGGGCCUCGUGCGCCCGAGGAAAGUUUGGUGAUGUGGCUUUGUACUCAAAUUUUUUGUGUAUAUAGAAUUUAAUUUUAAGUGUAUUUAUCUGGUUAAUAAUUGUAUUGCAGGCUUGUUAUUCAGUCAUCCUUGUGCGGUUUAACGUUCUUUGGAGGAAAAACGGAGUAAAUUAUUUCGAUAAAUAGAUGAAUUUUCUUUUAUUAUUAUUAUAAACAUUUUCUUAAGUCGACAAUGCAAGGCCUAAAGUCCUACGACGGAAGACGAUUUUGGUGUUCCAAUCCCCACAUAUAAGAGGAUAGUGAUAUUUAGCAACUUUAGAAAAUCUUUGUCAAAUUAAGUUGAAAAAAUGGUGAUUUAAUAUAUUAUCUAGUCGGAUAAACAAGGAUAAAUAACAAAACUACCGGAGGACGACUUAAUAAAAGGAAAUUAC